CAAAUAACAGUGAAUGAGUUUUAUUCACACAUCUGCCAUGAAUGGUUGUGAACUGGAGGAGGAUGAUUCUGAGUGGACAGUGACAUGAAUGAUGAUGUGACGGAUGGGCUCGUGACAGCUGAUCUGAGAUCAGAAGUUGGGUUCCUGAAGUGACGUCACCCUUCUCGAGCUGGCCAGGAGGAUUCGGAGGAGUCUUCAAUCUGCGGUGAGACUCCGACACACUCGGUCGCCUCUGCAUAACUCAAACGACAAACGCCGAAGAAUAUGGAGUCUAGAAAACUUGAAAAUGACGGAUCUUCAGCCUCCUCCUCUGCUCCACCUCACACGUUCAAUGUCACGCAGAGUCCAGCUUGUAGUCCUGGAGGCAGAUCCCCCCUCACCGUCUGUGGUCAUUCACUGCAGACGACGGCAGAUAAGCAUUCAGAUGUUUUUGGUAAUCCAGUUUAUGGACUCUACACAUCGCGCUCAGGUCACUCUGAGUUUGGAGGACUGGGUCUGGGCUUACCCACCCUGGUUGCUCACCCACAAGUCAGUGCAUUUCAAGAGUGGUGGCGACCUGCUGAGGCUCAAACCAGCGGAUCCGCUGCCUUCUUCCCCCCGUUUCUGGCUUUGCAUCCUCUGUUUCUGUCAGCGUUCAAGAGCUUUGAUCCUGUUGAGAUACAGGCACACACCUCAGGUGAGAAUGGAACCGUGAACAGUGGGAGAGUUCCCCCUCCUGUUCUAAACUCCACCGUGAACAGCGGUUCAUUACCAGUAAAAGACAAAAAGGAGAAAGCUAAACUCCUCUCCGGUCAGAGUCAGAAGAGCCCCUGUGGUUCUUUAUGCUCGCGUCGGACGAUUCCAAAAACAAAAGGAAAGAAGCCUGUAAAAAGACCAUCAGAAUCAUCUGGUCUCAGCGGCUGCCUGUUGGGGUCAGAAAGCUCCAGCGAUGAGGAGGAAACCAGCAGCGAACCGGACGAUGAAGAUGAUCCAGGCAGUGACGACUCUGAGUCAGAAAAAGAGAUUCGAGUUAAACGAGAAGUCAGUCGGCUGACACACACUUCUGAGAAGAAGAAGAGACCUCGUGCUGCUCAUAGAAGCACUACUCAAGAUCAUCUUUGUCCCAGUGUCCCCGUGACUUCCUCCUUUCAACUCCAGGCCUCUUCUCAUCCUCCAGGCCUGGAUCAAUCCAUGAUGUCACCAUCUCUUCAGAGAUCCUGGGCUGCAGAGGAGGAGGACCAGCAGCACGUCAGCGUAAUCAGAACAUCAGGAGGAUCUCAUAGACAGACUCGUCCUUCAGCCUUUAAGACUUCCUCCAGCACUCCGUUGAAAAACAUCCGAACCCUAAAUUCAACCAAGCACCUUUCUGCUUCACCUUCUCCAUACCAGAGUCCCUCCUCCUCUCUGAAGCCUCUUGAUCUGUGCUCCCCUCACAAAAGUCUCUCCCACUGCUCUGUAACUAGAAGUCCUACGCUGUCGGCCUCGAAGGAACCCUUACACCGAGGCAAAAUAUUAACAAAACCAAACAAACACACACGGGAGAGCAGCAGAGACCUUCCACCUGACGGCUCUGCACCCCCGAACAACCCUCAGCUGACGACGCCACUCCGUGUGAAGGAUUGUGUGAAGCAGGCCUCCUCUGAGCGACUGGAGAACCAAAGAGAAACUCACAGCCCUGUUCAGGUUGCACCUCUGGCCCUCAUCACUAAACCCCGCAGCCAGAGCAGAUCUCCCAACAGCGAGCCUCUCCUAGGAUCUACCUACCCUCUCAGCCUCAUGCCCAUCAACCUGAGCACUGGCACCAAGGAGACCUCCUACAGCUCUGCGUUUAAAUCCUCAGCUUCAUCAGGGCUUGUUCCUGGAUCAGGGAGAGACUCUGUGGUUCUUAAUGGAGGAAGGAGCCUAACAAAACCUGUAGACUCAACCAGGAGCAGUGAGAGGGAACGUUACAGCAGUGAAGGCUCGGAUGACUCCUACGAUGAGGAUGAUGGUGAAGUUGAAGAGUCUGGAAAUAGCCUUUCAGACUCUGAGAGCGACCCGGAGAGUGACGACUCUGAGGAUCACACCAAGGAGUGUGCGGCGAUGGAUGCAGACAGGAGUCCUCGGAAACCAGUCUUUGCCUCCAACUUUUCCUCCAACCAUUCCCUGUUUAACCAGCAGAUUACCACGCCUCUCCUUCUACCAAAUAUAAACUCGCUCAACCCGAUCCUCAACAGCCCCAACACCCCGUCCCCAUCUGCACUAACAAAAGGAUCAGGGAGGAGAAGAGCGGUCCCAGAUGAUGGAGUUCUGCUCCUGCCUCUGAAGUUUGGGUGGCAGAGAGAGACCCGGAUCAGGACUGUGGCAGGUCGACCCCAAGGGAAGGUGGCUUACCUUGGUCCAUGUGGGAAGAAGCUCCGCCAGUAUUCUGAUGUCACAAAGUAUUUAAUGGAACAUGGAAUAACUGAGAUUUCACGUGAAAACUUCAGCUUCAGCACAAAAGUUAAAGUUGGUGACUUCUAUGAAGCCCAAGAAGGACCUGAGGGUCUACAGUGGCUCUUGCUGGCUGAGGACGAGGUCGCUCCCAGUACCACCUCCGUGGAUGGGAGGCGCACCCAUCGCCUAAAACUUGAGCACCAGUCGAUCCCUGAUGAUACCGGAGUCCGAUGUCCUCUUACGGGAAAUAGGCUGCAAGAUGCUAAUGAUGCUAAGCUGUUGCGUAAACUGGAGGCUCAAGAAAUAGCUCGCCAGGCAGCACAGAUAAAAAUGAAGAGGAAACUAGAGAAGCAAGCCAUCGCCCGAGCAGCCAAGGAGGAAAAGAGGAGACGAGCAAUGAUGGCUGCAGAGGAGAGGCGAAAAAAGAGGGAAGAAAUGAAGAUAUUUAAGCAACAAGAGAAGAUCAAGCGCAUUCAGCACAUUCGUAUGGAGAAAGAACUCCGUGCGCAGCAAGUUCUCGAGGAAAAGAGGAAGAGAAAAGAAGCAGCAGCCAACGCUAAAUUAUUGGAAACGCAGAAAAGAAACGAGGAGAAGGAGAUUCGUCGGCUUCAAGCUGUCUUACUGAAACAACAGGAGUUGGAGAGACAUAAGCUAGAGAUGGAGCGGGAACGGCGAAGGCAGCACAUGAUGCUGGUGAAAGCUGUGGAGGCCCAGAGGAAAGCAGAGGAGAAAGAGCGCCUAAAACAGGAGAGGAACCAGAAGAAAAGGAUAAACAAGGAAAAGAAACUGGAGCUCAGAAGGCUGGAACUGGAAAAGGCAAAGGAGCUGAAGAAGCCCAACGAGGACAUGUGCUUAGCUGAUCACAAGCCUCUUCCAGAGUUGUCCUGUAUGCCUGGACUGAUCUUGCCCGGAAAGAUUUUUUCUGACUGUCUCAUGGUGCUUCAGUUCUUGCGCAACUUUGGAAAAGUUCUGAAAUUGGACUCUAAUUCGGACUCGCUGACCAUUAGCCACCUUCAGCAAGGGUUGCUUAACGUGGGUGACGGUAUGCACGAGGUGCAGGACCUGCUGGUGAGCAUGCUGUCUGCAGCUGUGUGUGACCCUGGUAUACCUGCAGGGUGCAAGUGCAAAACCAUCUUGGGUGACCACUUGACGAAUGUGGAGAUCAACCGGGACAACGUGUCUGAGAUUCUGCAGAUCUACAUGGAGAGUCACUCUGAUGACCCAGCGCUAGCUCGUUUGGCUGUUAGCCUCAAAACAAAGGCUUUCCAGGCCCACAGCCCAUCACAGAAGGCUGCUGUGCUGGCCUUCUUGGUUAAUGAACUCUGCUGCAGCAGGGCAGUGAUAAGUGAGAUUGACAAAAACAUCGACUGCAUGACAAACCUGAGGAAGAAUAAGUGGAUAGUCGAGGGAAAGCUGCGCGAGCUAAAGAACAUCCAUGCUAAGAGUGUAGCAAGAAGAGCCAGCUGUGUGAGAGGAGCGAUCAACCGCACCUUCAACGGCUCCACUUUUAGAAAUGAAUGCCAGAGGACAGAAAAGGACAGCGAAGAAGAGGAGUUUGAGGAUGAGGACAGUGAAGAUGAGGAGGAGGAUGAAGACUUGGCAGUAAGGAAAAGAAAGAAAGAUGAAGGUGCUCGCUCAGGCAGCAUCGGGGAACUGGAGAAGCAGAUAGAGACAACCUCCAAGUUACAAAGUCAGAUCCAACAGAAGCUGUUUGACUCGUCUUACACGCUGCGCUCCAUGACGAUUGGUGAGGAUCGAUUCAGGAGGCGUUACUGGCUCCUUCCAAAGUGCGGGGGUGUAUUUGUUGAAGGAGUGCAGAACUGUGAAGGCUCUGAGCACCAGGAGGAGGAAAGAUCAGAGGUGAUCAGAGUUAAAGAGGAGCAGCAGGAGCGAGAGGCGAGGAAGAUAGAGGUGUCUGUAGCUCACAUAUCAGAAUGUGAUCAAAACAAAAAUAAUCUCUUCCUCCACAAUCCCAGCUCCUUUUCUCAGCUCAGAAAAGUGUUUGAAGUAGCCAAAACAACUGAAGCUCCUCCCUCAGAGUCUUAUUCCUUUCAUCCUACCUCACAGAUGGACACAACUGUUUCUCCAGAAUCUUCUGGACUUGGUGCCGGCUGGUUCACUUGCAGUAACUGGAUAGCCCACAGCCCUCCAUCUAUCUCUCAUCACGAGCAGCCGUCUAAAAUGUUUACUGAAAAAUGCAGAGAGUGGUUUAGCCUCCUGCCUCGCUCUCCUUGUGAUGAGUCCUCUGUGACCUCCAGCUCCAGUUCUCCAACUUGCUCCUCCUCUCCACAACCCCUGAGGAACAAUCCCCUCUUCACUAAUCCCCCAGCAACAGCAAACCAAACCAGUGUAGCUGGGAUUGAUGGCAUACGAUCACUUCUCCUUCAGGAAGCAGAGGGUAACGGGAACCUCUGUUCAGAAGAGAGUAACAACGUCCUCAAAAGUGAGACACCAUUCCUCUCUGACUCCAUCCUCGCUGUGGAAGUAGCCAAGACCCAGGACUACCCUCAUGCUCUGCCUAUUCCAGGGGAGAUGCUCUGCGGCUGGUGGAGAGUAUCCGACACAGAGAGCCUGCAGACGUUGGUCAAGGCCCUCCACAGCCGGGGCGUCAGGGAGAGGGUGCUGCAGGAACAGAUCCAAAAACACACGGAGCAUAUGGCAGAGAUCUUCAGCAGAGGCAAAGAAUUUGAUAUGAUGGAGCUGAAAAUGAAGGAGUUGAGCAGAGAGGACGUGGAGAGCUGGUGUGUGGAAGAGCGAGCCAUGGAGGUGGACAUUAACCUGCUGAGGCAGGUUGAAGCUCUGGAGCAAAAGGUCAUCUCAGCCAACCUACAGGUCAAGGGUUGGAUGCCCUGUGAGUCCCAGUCAGACCGUGAGAACUGGAUCUAUUAUGAACACAAACACUCCUCUUUGAGUCCGAGGGAAUCUAACCAGGGGGAGUCUCCUGUCCCUUUGACUCGGCGACCAAACAACCCUCUUGAUGUAGCGAUCUGCAGGCUCUCAGAGUUGGAGAGGAACAUUCAACCAAGCAAGCAGGAGCUGGCUGCAGGGACAAAACUGUGGCACAGAGCUCUGGAUCAGGUCCGCAGCUCGGCCCAGCUGUCGCUCUGCUUUCAGCAGCUGCAGAAGAGCAUCGCUUGGGACCGAGCCAUCAUCAAAGUGCGCUGCCUGCACUGUCGAAGGAAAGAUAACAAGGAAGUGCUUUUAAUUUGUGCUGGCUGUGACAAAGGCUGCCACACUUACUGCCACAGUCCCCAAAUCCCCACCGUACCUGAUGGAGGCUGGUUUUGUCCUUUUUGUCUUGCAAAGGGAAGUGGUGAAGCGUCUCACAGCGGGAAGCAAAGAAGCCCAACAGCUGGAGAAGGGAAGAGAUGCAGGGAGGAAAGACAAAACAGUAAGCCAUCUGUGGCCAGGGGCGACACCAGAGAGGAGGCUGCCAGCAGCAGCAGCGUGCCAAAGAGCGGUACCAAGGAGUUCAAAAAGAGGAGACGAGAUGACAGUUCCCAGGCCAGGAAUGACAGUCCAGCAAGAAAAUCCAAAACAUCCAAGGACAGCAGCAGUGAGCUGGCGGUGUGCCACAUGCUGCUGGCAGAGCUGGAGGCCCAUCGGUGUGCGUGGCCCUUUCUCACGCCGGUCAACCACAAAGCUGUCCCUGGGUACAAAAAGGUCAUCAAGAGACCCAUGGACUUCUCCACCAUCAAGGAAAAGCUCACCAGCAACCACUACCUGAACCUGGAGACUUUCAUCGCUGACAUCAACCUGGUUUUUGACAACUGCAAAAAAUUUAAUGAAGACCAAUCUGAAAUCGGAAAAGCUGGCUACAACAUGAAGAGAUUUUUUAACAAAAGGUGGACUGAACUUUUGCAAUAAAGACUUUAAAAUAAAACAUUUCA